AUGUGGACCGCUCUCAAAACGAGGGAUGAGACAACAGAAGCUGCCUCCAAAAGCACAGUCCAAUUAUGGACCCUCUAUUCGAUCGGUUGUGCCGUGACGCUGCUCCGGACAUACUCGCAGUGCAAGGACCUGGGAUGGAGAAGGUUACGUCUGGACGACUACCUGGUAUGGGUGGGACUUUUAUUCUAUACUGCGCAGGUAGUUCUGGCAUAUCAAGUGGGCGAGGCGGCCCAUGGUCUUGCGAACAACAGCAUGACGGCUGCCCAGCGGGCGGCGUUGGCGCCAGACAGUGCGGAGUAUCGAGCCCGAGUGAUUGGCUCCAAGAUUCAAAUCGCGGGGUGGGCCACUUAUACGGCGCUGAUUAACUCACUGAAGUUGUCGAUGCUGGCAUUCUACACUCGACUCAUGGAUGGCCUCGGCCGGCGUCAUCGUAUUCCCAUUUGGAUUGGGAUCGGCCUGGUGGUUGGGAGUUUUCUCGCCAGUGAGAUAACAAUCCUCGCGACAUGCCGCCCUUUCCACAAAAACUGGCAAAUCAAUCCAGACCCUGGCAACGUAUGUCAACCAGCCAUUUCCAAGCCGGUGAUCGCAGCUACCUUUGCAGGGAAUCUGGCCACGGACCCAUAUUUGGUCCUAAUCCCGAUUCCCAUGCUUUGGAAAUCGAGUUUGAAGCUCUUGAAGAAAGUCGCGGUGACCAUCGUGCUCGGGGCCGGCAUUUUUGUCCUCGUCUGCGCGACUCUUAAGAGUGUGUUCCUUUUGGUGGAACCUACCAAUGGCGCAUCCAUUGCCGAUGAAUGGGGCACCCGAGAGACUUUUGUCGCAGUGAUCACCACCAAUCUCCCGAUGGUGUUCCACCUCUUACGGACCUGGCUAGCCCGAGGGUUCGGGAGUGCAUUCCAAUCGUCCCACAGGAGUAAGACAUACCAAUUGCCCUCCGGGGGGUUGGAGCGUCUGGGUGGUGGGGCCAGCCGGAAUCGUGGCCGAAAUGCCAGCACGGAGCCCAUCACGGUGGGCCUGACCUUUACCGAGAGUGAGGAACGAAUGAUGGGGGAUAUCAAGCUACAGACCCUGAGGCCGUACGAAGCACCCGCCGCGGGCACGAUUGUGGUCUCCAAUCAGGUUGAAAUCAGCCAUGAGACCCGGAAUAGUCAUCCCAGUGAAUUGUCCACGGCGGGGGGUGAUGAACCUUGGUAG